AGCGAACUCCUCCACUCUUUCCUUUCCUAGCUAAAAAAAUCCGUUCACUUCUUCAUUCUUUGAAAUACCAGCAAGCAAAUCAACAACUCGUGGGCCACGAGUUGAAAAGGUCGAGUUGAAUCCAGUACACCCACGUGUUUCGAGGCCACGAGUUCAACAAGGUUACCAACGAGAAUAAAAAUGAUGUUGUUGAAACGGACUCUGAAGAAUAGAUAACCUGGUUAUCAAGAGCAGUAGUAAUAUGGACCCUAAAAAUUCCUCCCCCACAUCUUCGCAACAGCAGCUGCACAGAAAUCAGCGCAAGUUAAAUUCAAUUGAGCUUACUCCAGACGUGAUUAUUCAAAAGAUUGUCCAGCAUUCCAGAAAUCCGUCUUCUCCCCGAUUGGUGAAGUACCUCGGAUAUGCAAAGAAAACGUUUUCAUCUUCCAAUCUCAAAUUAUGGAUGGAUCUUAGAACAAAAGGUGGAAUUCACGCUAUUGAGACAAUAAUUAAAAAUUCUGUGAGCAAGGAAGGAGUCGCUGAUAACUCAAGUUCCGGAACAAUAAGUCAAGAUGUAUUCACGUCCAGCCUUAGCAUUUUGGGCAACUCGUACUCCCUGGAUUAUUGUGCAAGAAAAGAUGUCGCCAACAGUGGAUUCAUAUCCGUUCUUCACAAACUAAUUCAAGUACCUACAACCAAUAUCGUGGACGGUUAUCAAAAUAGCGUCGUCAGCAACUCGCAACAAGAUGAGACUUCGGAGGAGUCACCUCCAUUCAGUCCUGCAGAAUGUGAUUUGAAAUCAAAGGCUGUAAAAUGUAUAGCCAACUUGGCCCACGAUAUGACAUGUCGCGAUGCAAUUUUAAAGUCAGGGAUUGGGAUUACGUUACUUAAAGUGCUGGAGACGUUUAAUCAGUACUGGAAUAAGAAACAAGAAUCCCACACUCCUAUUACGACUACAACAACUGAUGCAGAAGCAGAAGCAAAUCUGAAUUCAAAAUCAAAAGAAGCUGAAAUCUUUUCAGAGUGCGCCAAAGCUUCUGUUCGAGCAAUUAGAAUACUGAGUUCUGAAAGUCGUUGUGAAGAUGCUAAAUGUCACCUGAUUCGAUUUGGAGCGGUCAAUACUGUAGGUCAGAUCUUAAAAUGGGCUGUUAAUCCAGAAUUGAAGCUCGAUGUGGUAAGAUCACUGGCAAAUUUGACAGACAAGAUAAAAUUACUACCACGGGAGCAAGUCCAAGAGUUUGUCGCUGAGAACAAUAACAAUUCACUUUUAAAAGAUCUCAUAACCGUACUGGAUGGGUGUUCAGUGGAUGAAAAAUUCUUCUUCCCCACCAUCCGUUGUCUUAUAAAUUUUGCUGGAAAUACUCACAUUGCAGAAAAAAUGGGAAAUCAACAAAUCUUUCGAGUGGUAUUGGAUAAACUUGGACAGACUACAGAAAAGGCCUCAACUGAAAUAUGUCGAUUGCUCAUUGCUUUGACAAAACAUUCUGGAGUUAAUCGGUGUUUGCUAUAUAGCGAGCAAGAAGUUUGGACAACGAUGCAAAUUUUAAGAUCUGAUGGCCUUCAAGAACAUCACCGCUGGCUUCUACAUGUCUAUGAAAAUGUUUACGAAGGAACGUUAAAAUCUUUAUUACGAAACGGCCUGAUAGAACUGAUACACGAACAUUUCAAGAAAGAAUUAGAAGACUGUGACUAUAUUAUUUUGAAACGUAAAAUAAUGUCGCUUGAUGUAGACAUUUGCAAAGUACAUGGAGAUCAUUGUCACUUUGUUCCCACGUAUAGAUGUGAUAGCCCUUCCUAUCAACAAGUGCAAGAAGAAAUGAAAAACUUUAUCAAGGACAGAGAUUCAAUGUACAAGAUGGAUAUCGACUCUGGUUCGUCAGGCAUUGACUCAUCAUCAAGUCCAUCUUCUAGUCCCUCCCGGUCAUGGAGUAGCGAUGACAGUGGGUCAGAAUCUGGAGUAGGGUUCCGCCGAUCAAACAGUCCUGGGUCCUCCAGUAGCGAUGACGAAGGUUGUUACAGCCCAGUAUAUUCUAGUCUGUCACUUUCACCAACAUACUCUGAGGGCAGCCCUUCAGAAACGAGUUUUUCACACGAUAGAUCGUGGCAUGAAUCAGUUUCCCACCCCCGACAGUCCAAGUACCCUAAAUUGGAUUCCACGAGCCAUAUCCCAUUCGUGGACGAAGAAGAACAACAUGUCAACAGUCUUUCUUCAAGAAAUAGUAAAACGUCUGACAGUAUAAAAAACAAAUCCAAGAAGAUUGUUGUGAUGCUAAAUAUUUUGCAAAAAGCGAGCUUCCUCUCACCUAUUCCAGAUGGAAUGGCAAACAUCAUUCCCAUUCUACUCUCUUUUAUAAUAAGAGGGAUUGUUUCGUUAACCCCUCAAAAACUACGAUAUGAGGAUCACUCCAAAGAUGUCGAAAUGACACGUCUCGGACGUAGGAGUUUCAGCGUGGCGUACAGAAUUCUCAAGAAAUUGUGCCUUGAUAUCAAGUUUUUUCCCGAGAUGGUGAAGAAUGGAACAAUUACUAUUGUUUCAAGACUGCUUCCCUGGGAUGCUGUUCUGACUAGCUUUGAAAGUACAGAAAACAUCUCAACUCUUUUGGAUACACUUCGUGGGAAAGGCAAUGAUACUUCUGGCUGGAGAGAAGGCCACCUUAUGCGAACUCUAUUAAUUAGCCAAUCUGACGAAGAACUGACGAAAGUAUCUCUAACCAUUCCACUCUUGUUCAGAAAAAAUGACCACUCGCUGAGGAGUUUUGAGCAGAAAGGCUCCAGUUGGACUCGCGUAUUUGACCUAUUAGCAAAAAAUAAGAAUUAUGACGACACAUCACUAUUUCAAGACUGUAUUUUGACUCUUUCUGCACUAUCUGAAACUAUUGGAAUGAAAUACGACGUUUCAGAAGUUUCCAAAAGACCUACCCUUAUUAUGAAGGACGAUACUAAUAUUGGACAAAUUUUACAAUUUCUGGAUUCAUCGAAUGAAGCGUUGACAAACUUUGAAAAUGAUGGAAAAGUGAAAAUUACUUUGGACGAUGGAUCACUAGCUCUACUGCAGAAAAAUAUCCUCACGGACGCGUCUCCCGUGUUCGGUGCAAUGUUUGACGGUCAUUUUAAGGAGGCUGGGUCUCAAGCUGUGCAUAUUCGCAAUGUUUCGAAAGAAUCUUUAAAAGUAUUGGUCCUACAAUUGCAAAUACUCAACAACUACCAAUCUUUGCAACAAUCCGACCUAAACAUUAUGGACCUUCCCGUUAACAGCAAUGCCGCUCCGAUAGAUAACUUGGAUUUAUCCACAAUAUUUGAAUUGAUAUCGUUAUCUGACCAAUUUCUAAUAGAAACUUUAUAUGAAAGAACACUAAAUACUUUGUUAAGUUUUUACAUUUGUCCACAUUCUGCCCCUCGAAUUUAUCAAGAAGCCGUGAAACUCUCUGCUUUAUGGAAACCUCAAUCUCGACUCAAGGGAUGGGACAUGGACUUAACAUUUGUGGUAUUAAAAUAUCUCCUAGUUGGUGAUUUGACUUUUACUAGUCGGUGUGGUGCAUUUCGAAAGAUUUUUGACUCGGUUCCUUCAGAUAACGUGGUUGGAGAUUUAAGAGCUCUGGUCGAAUUUUAUUCUUCCAGACCCCAACAGACUAGGUAGAUGUGUGGAUAUUGUUAGUACCAUUUAUCUGAACAUAAACCUGACCUUUUCUACCCUUUCUACCCUACCCUUUAAGAUCAAGCUAACAAUGAUAAAAACGUUGUUAAAAAAUCUAGUAAUUGUAAUUUAUUCGAGUGACUAACCUGUCUUAAACUAAACUAUUACUAUAAAUUAUACAAUUCUCACGUAAAAAUAAAAUGUUUCACAACAUAAUAAAUAAUUUUGUCGCCACAAAAUAAGUUCAUUGUUUAUAUGGCCCUAGAUCAGAAUCCUCAGACGUUGUUUUACCACAAAAUAUGCAGUGCAGAAAGUCAGAUAAUUUUUGCUGGUUCUGGGAGCUACUAUUUAUUAGAGAAAGUGUAAUGCUAAACUGGUAUCGCAAAUAAACAAACUAUAUAAAUGCACA